AUGUUUGCCUACGUGAAGUUUUGUCUACCGGACAAUGGCUUAUGUAUUGUCAAAACAAGUCAGAUAGCCAAAUUUAAAAUUCCGUUUGAAAAAAAUAAAAAGUACGAGGUCACUUGUGAUGAUGAUACAGUUAAAAAAGCUGUGAAAUCUAAUGGUGCUGAAUCCCAAAAAAGAGUAAACAAACAGUACCUACAACAAUCUCACUACCCGAAACGCGUUUGCAUAAGAACAAAACAGAGGUGGAACCUCUUGCAGCAGCAGUCUUCUGAUCACUCUGUUUCUGUGACAAAAAAUGAGAAUAAUAUUGAAGAUGUUUCAGAAAAUUUAAAGUGUCUCGUGAGUAAUAAUAAGUCACUCUUCAGCAGCGAUAAUCAUACAAAUUCAAAUCUUUUUGAUAAUGAACAUACUGAAUUUCUAGACGUAAACAAUUUGAAUAAUGUAUAUAAUAUGAGCUCAGAAAGCUCUUCAGACAACGAUAGUUCUUCUUUUCAUAAAAUGGAUCAACAAGAAGCGAUAGAAGUGGAUAAAGAAAACGAUUCUUCUGCUAUAAAUAUCUCUGAAAUAAAAGAACCAUUAAUUCACUCUAAACCCGCUGAAGCUACUCUGUCAACAUCUGGAAAUUCUGUAGAGAACGAUGGCUAUCAAAACAAUGAAAUCAAAAAGAAUGAUCAGCAUUAUGGAAAGAAAGGGAUGACCAAUAACUGA